AUGGCGGCGCCCAGGCGCUCCCGCUCCCCGCGGGGCGCCAGCGUUGUGUCCGUGGCGGACGCCAGCCCCAGCCCCGGGCCCCGCGGGGCGGCCGAGCCCAAGGUCGGCUGCGAUUCCGAGAUCGAUGGCCAUGCCGAGCUGGUGUGCAGCUCGUGGCUCGACGUGGAGAGCGAUGAGGAGCAGGGCGGCGGCGCGCCCUGGCCCUCGCAGCCCGGGGAGCGCUCGGCCGUGGCCGCGCUGCUGGAGCGCUGCGUGGCGGCGGGAGCCGUGAGCCAGGAGACCUUGGAUUUAACUUGCAGAAGAAUGCCAUGCUUUCCGAAAUUCUCAGAGAUGGAAGAAAUAGUAAACAUGGAAGCUGAAAUCAAUGAGAUAAAACUGAAAACUGAAAUUAUGCAGUUGGAGAAUGAGACAGCAGACAUUACUCACCAUUUUUACUUAGGGAAAAAGUGUGAGAUUUUGCAAGAUAUGAACAGGCACCUGGAAGCCAUACUGAAAGAGAACAGGAAUCUCAGAAAGAGGUUGAUGAAACACAGAUGUCAAGAAAGCCUGCCUAUUGAGGCUACUUUUCACAAGUGUAUAGUAGAGUUGUUGACUGAGGCUGUGACUUUCAUUGAGAAGCUUGAAAGCCAUUUGCAGUCUGUGAGAAGCGUCCCUCAGAUACCAGAUAUGGUGAACAAUAUGGACACCACUUUGUCAAAAACAGAGGUGCUCAUGAUAGAAUUGGAGGAGCUGACACAGCAAAUACUGAAAUGGAAAGAAGUGCAAAAGGAAGUGUAUUCUAACCAUGUGUGCAAUACUGCUGACUUGGACUUCGGUUUGUCUUUAAUCUAACAAAUCAUUUUCCUCAGAUAGGAUGACUACUCAAAGAACUGCAUUCCUAGGGUCUUCUGUGAAAAUUGCAACAUAGGAGUCUUUUAAUCCAACAGAGACUUUGUAAAUAGUUAAAUUUCUGUUAUUAAGUAACAGUUCUCCAACUGUUUACCAAAACAAAAAAGGACGAUGACCAGUAGAUCAUGGGAAGAGAGAGUACUGAGAAGCCUGUUAAGGAGUUCCUGUUUGAAAUAGCUGGAUAGGAGUCCCUUGUAGCCUGUAUCUUCAGUGGAAAAGUGUAUUGAUAUUUUUUUGCACUUGCUAUAGUAUCUUUAUUCAUUUUUGUAAGCAUCUUGAUAAAACACUGUAUUUUGUAUGUCACCAUAAAACUUUAAUAAAAGCACUAGA